AUGGAGUCCAGAGUGACACAGACCUUUUUAUUUGUUUUAUUUCUCAUUUCCACAGCUGUAUUAGCUGAAAUAAUAUCAUCCGAAGAUUCCAAUUUAAAAAUGGAUGAGGCUUUGCUGACUGUUCACAAUAAAUUGCCAAGAAGCAUCAUUGUUUUCUAUGUCUCUGAUUACUGCUACAAGUGCCUGUACCAGCCUUUGGUCGUGAUUCGACCCUCCAGUGGACUUCAGCCUGGCAAUGCCUCAGUAGCCAUCCGUACGCGAUUCAUCUUGACUUUCAGGAUCAUGACUGAAGUUGGGAACAUCACCCUUUGCAGCUGGAGUAAACUGUAUGGAGAGGCAGGACAUUAUUCUACAUGGGUCCAAAAACAAACUGGGAUUGACAGCAAAAUCACAUGCUCCCAGACUGUUGAAAAGGCACCCAUUAACAGUUACACUGCUCUUCUAGUAGCAGCAGUUAUCCUGGGUCUUCUGGCACUUCUGCAUCUCUUGGGAUUGUACCUAUAUAGACAGCAAUGGAUACGGCACUACAUCAGCCAGUGUUUCUGCAAAAACAGAACAGUAAACAGUAACAGAUCAACAAAUAACAAUGGGGGAGCUGAUGAGACAAAAGCUAAAUCAUCUCGUCUUCGUUCUUUGGACACAUUUAGAGGAUUGUCUCUGACUAUCAUGGUUUUUGUCAACUAUGGUGGAGGGGGUUACUGGUUCUUUGAACAUGCUCCAUGGAAUGGUCUGACCAUUGCUGAUCUUGUCAUGCCUUGGUUUGUCUUUAUAAUGGGCACAUCGGUUGCCCUGGCAUUCAGCUCCAUGCUGAAGCGAGGAGUGAGCAGGAUACAGCUUCUGAGCAAACUGACCUGGAGGACCGUGGUCCUGAUGCUCAUCGGAGUUUUCUUCAUGAACUAUGGACCCAGGGAUGGACCACUUUCUUGGUCUUGGGCCAGGAUCCCUGGGGUCCUUCAACGUCUUGGCUUUACGUACUUCGUACUGGCCUUGAUGGAGACAUUCUGUGCUAAAAAACAUGCCUCUGAAGGUGAGGGCUGCUGGUGGAGACCAAUAAGAGAUAUUGUCCUGUACUGGCCAGAGUGGGUUUUUGUUUUUCUGCUAGAGAUCAUCUGGCUGUGCCUCACCUUUCUCCUGCCAGUCCCCAACUGCCCCACGGGCUAUGUGGGACCAGGUGGAAUCGGAGAUGAUGGCCUGUUCUAUAAUUGCACUGGUGGUGCUGCUGGAUACAUUGACAAGUUGCUUCUAGGCGAAAACCACAUUUACAGCAAUCCUACCUGUAAGGAAUUGUAUAAGACUACAGUGCCCUUUGACCCAGAAGGCAUCCUAGGGACACUCAAUUCCAUUGUAAUGGGAUUCAUUGGAAUGCAGUCUGGAAAGAUCCUGCUUAUAUACCGUGGGAAGAACUUCAGCAUUUUAAAAAGGUUCCUGCUCUGGGCUUUGAUACUGGGAAUCUUUUCAGCCAUCCUCUCUAAAUGCACACGGGACGAAGGAUUUAUACCUGUCAAUAAAAACCUCUGGUCUUUUUCGUACAUCACUUGCAUGGGCUGUUUCUCUUUCAUCCUAUAUGGAUUGAUGUACUAUGUAAUUGAUGUCAAAGGCUGGUGGGGUGGUCAGCCUUUCAUUUUCCCAGGGAUGAACUCCAUCUUUGUGUAUGUAGGCCAUUCCCUUUUGGGCACCUACUUUCCCUUCAGCUGGGCUCUGAAGUUUGAAGAGAGUCAUGGCGCCCAGCUUUUCCAAGAUCUUGUGGGGACUGGUCUGUGGGUCUUCAUUGCCUAUUUUCUGUACAGACACAAGUUCUUUCUGAAAGUAUGACUGACUUGGACACUGUGACAUCGUUGGAAACCAAAUGACAAUGGCUAUGGCCUAGACAAGCAGAAAAACUAAGCAAGA